AUGCGCGUGCUGUGUUUGGCGCUGAUGGCGACGGCCACUGUUCUAGUACCGAGUCCUGCGUCCGGUUUGACCACGACUGUGGCUGACACGGCCCAGACGGCAACCAGCAUUCUAACUCCUGUUCUAGCUGGGGAGCCGAACAAACACGUUGCAACGCGAUCUUUGAGAACGCAUCCGAUAGACGACAGCGACGAUGGCGAAGAGCGACUGCUUAAUGGUAUGACAGAUUUUUUCAAGUACCACGCUGGAAAGAUGAGUCCCGAGCAGCUUUACAAGUACUUAAACUUAAAAGGACUUGGUCAAGAAGCCUACAAACACAAGAACUACGCUAGUUACAUUAAGAAGUCGAAGAAGUGGUGGAAGAACCAGUAA